CUUAUAGUUUACAAAUUUUGUCUUUAUAUUUAAUAUUUUUAUUUUUUACGUUUUUGUCGUAACGCAGUAUCUGCAACUACUAACGAAUCACGUGAAAAAUAGCACCGAAUCUAUUAUCAAAAACUAGUAUGCUAGCACACACAAUAGCUCGUAUCACGCAAUAUUUCAAGUUGCAUUGCCAGUAUGACUACUACUAGUAGAUGCUGCGUUCCGUUUCACGCAUAAUGCGCAUAGACUCUAUAGUUUAUGUCAUGUAAACUGUAGAGUCUAUGCGCAUUACGCGUGAAACGGAACGUUAUAAUGUCUCGCAUGCAAUCUCAUACAAAAAAUCGUAUCGUGUGCCACAGGCUUAAGAAAUAAGACUGAUAACAUGUUUACAACGUGGCAGAUAUCUCAAUUAUAAACAGAGGAGGUCUCAUUAAGAAACAAAGUCCACAAUCGUAUUCCAAUAAUAGCAGUGAUAUCAAUGUAUUCCCACACAACACAAAUGACUUUGCCGGCUGAUUGUCGGCAUUUUUCAGUCAACUUGAAGUCAACUUUUUAAGUCGACAUUUAGUCAACUAUUUGUUGGAUGGUUUAUUGUCGAUUUUAAUUAUAAACUGAAAGUCGAUCUAAGGUCGACUAUUUUCGAAAGUCGACUUCUAAUUGCCAUAAAGUCAACUUAUAAGUCCACUUUUGGCUGACUGAUAGACGACUAUAGUCGAGUCAUUUGUCGACUAUUAGCUGACUAUAAGUUGACAUUCAGCCUGACUUCGACUUUUUAAAGUCGACUUUAGACUUCUUCUGCCGACUGACAGUCAACUAACAGUCGACUUGGUGCUGUUUGGGUUAUCACAACAUGCGCAUGUGGUUUCGCUUACAUCAUAUCAGUUUAAUUUCUUCCUCACACAUUUUUAUUUAACAUAAAAAAAGAGAGAAAUAUUUUAAAAGCUAAUGUGCUAGGUGAAAUUCUGUACAUAAUACAUACGACUUUCCGAAGCAAUUACAAGGUUUUACAGUAAAGCACCAAGUUUGCGAUAUGCCACGUGUUUAAGAUAAAUAUGCAUAAAUAUACGUGGUCUAUACUUCCUUGUACGGCAUAUAUUUUUAGCAAUACAAAGCAUCUUGCCAGAUUAUCUUCUAUAAUUAUCUCUUAUAGCCCAAAGUUAACGUUCUUUAAUAAUCGCAACAACAAUUUAUUUUUUAUUACAGCGUAAUACAGAUAUUACAUAAAUGAUAUUAAUCGUUACAAUAAUUAAUAUCUGAAAGAGUUGAGAGAGAGACGAAACGAAGGAAAGCUGCGCACCAUUUUACAUUAUCCAGUAAACGAUGGUUGUUGGUGUACUACUGUCAUGUGCUGUUAUUGCAUUUUUAUAUUAUUAUGUUAUCCAUCUUGCAAGAUUCAGACGGCUUAUCAACCUUAUUCCGGGACCACAAAUGUUCCCAAUUUUCGGUGAUAUUUCCAAUGUACUAUUUGAGCGUUUUUCAGGAGAAGAACUCUGGGAUCUUCGGGAUUUACGAUUUAAAAGACAUCGGCCAAUUUAUAAAAUUUGGAACUUGACACUCGCUUACGUCGUCCUUAGCCAUCCGGAUGACAUGCAGACAAUAUUGAACAAUACAAAAUAUAACACGAAAGGCCUGGGGUAUAAACUUCUUCAUUCAUGGAUGGGAGACGGUCUUCUCGUUAGUAAAGGAGCAAAAUGGCAAGAAAGGCGAAAGAUACUAACGCCUGCGUUCCACUUUAAUAUUUUAAAAACCUUUUUUGAUAUUUUGGUCGAAGAAAGCAAUCGUAUGGCGACAUCGUUAAAAAAUAUGAGAGACUCGACUGUCCCGGAUUUACAGUCUUUCAUUAGCCACCACACUUUGAAUAUAAUAUGUGAAACUUCCAUGGGCAUUUCAUUGCGGAACAUGGAAGCGGUUGAACAACAGCAGUACCGAAAGGCAAUUCAUGACUUAACUAAAAUAUUAUUUUACAGAUUAUUCCGUCCGUGGUACCUUAACGAUAGGCUAUUUUGGUUCUCGUCGAAAUAUAAACGGCAAACUAAAUGUUUGAAAGUAUUACAUGGUUUCACAGAAAAAAUUAUUACGGAAAGGAAACAAUAUCAUGAAUCCACUGGUGGACGAUAUCUAAAUUUUGAACAUGAGACAGAAGAUAAUGAUAAGAUAGGAAGCCGAAAGAAGCGCCUUGCCAUGUUGGAUCUCAUGAUUGCAGCGUCCAAUAAUAACCGAAUAAGCAAUUCGGACAUCAGAGAAGAAGUUGACACCUUCAUGUUUGAAGGUCACGAUACCGUAUCAAUGGCUCUCACCUUCGCUAUAUUACUAUUAGCAGAACAUAAGGAUGUGCAGGAUCGGGUCAGAAAUGAAGUUAAUGCUGUAAUGGAAGAAAACGAAGGAAAACUUACUAUGACAGCAUUACAGAAUCUACCAUAUCUAGAGAGGUGUUUGAAGGAAACGAUGAGAUUAUAUCCUAGCGUUUAUUUGAUAACACGAAAGUUAGAGGAAGACGUAAUGCUACAAUCGUAUCUGGUACCUGCUGGAGCAGACGUAGUUAUUGAUAUUGUACAUCUUCACCAAAAUUCUGAUUUCUGGCCAAAUCCAGAGGUGUUCGAUCCAGACAGAUUUUUGCCAGAGCUGGUGCAAAAUCGUCAUCCUUUUGCUUACAUACCGUUUAGCGCUGGUUCGCGAAAUUGUAUAGGUCAACGAUUUGCCAUGAUGGAGAUGAAAGCUGUAAUUGGUACCCUGGUGCACAACUUUAACUUGGAGCCCAUUGAUCACUUGAAAGAUGUUCGAUGUUCAGCCGAUAUAAUUAUUCGCAUUGAACAACCAAUGCGCGUGAAAUUCGUUCCAAUCUAACAGAAAAUGUGCAACUGCUACAAGAGAAUGCGAAUUAUGUCGACGAUGAUUGUUGGCGUACUACUAUCAUGUGCUGUUACUGCAGUUUUAUAUUAUUACGUUAUUCAUCUUGCAAGGUUAAGGAAUUUUCUCAAUCUUAUUCCGGGACCACGAAUGUUGACACUUGUCGGUGAUAUUUUCAAAGUACUACUUAAUCCUCCACGUGAAGCAAUAUGGGACAUUAUUGCGUUACGCGCUAAUAUGUAUCGUGCAAUUUAUAAAGGUUGGUACUACCUCUUCGGUUACGUCGUCAUUCUGAACCCGCACGACAUCCAGACGAUACUGAGCAGUACAAAAUAUAACACGAAAGGUUACGUGUACAAAUUUCUUCGUCCAUGGUUAAAAGACGGUCUCCUCAUUAGUAAAGGUGCAAAAUGGCAAAAAAGGAGAAAGAUACUAACGCCUGCAUUCCAUUUUAAUAUAAUAAAACAAUUUUUUGAUACUAUGGUCGAGGAAAGCAAUCGUAUGACAAAAUCAUUGAAAGAUAUGGAAAAUUCAACUGUUCAGGAUUUACGGUCUUUUAUUAGCUACCAUACUUUGAAUAUAAUAUGUGAAACUUCUAUGGGCAUCUUGCGAAACAUGGACGUAGCUGAACAAGAACGCUACCACAAGACAAUCUAUGACCUCACUGAAAUAUUAAUUUACAAAGUUAUACGUGUGUGGUAUCAUAGCGAAAUACUAUUCCGGUUCUCAUCAAAAUAUAAAGAACAAGUUAAAUGUUUGAACAUAUUACACAGUUUCACGGAAAAAAUUGUUGCGGAAAGGAAACAAUAUCAUGAAUCGACGGGAGGACGAUAUCUAAAUUUUGAAAAUGAGAUAGAAGAUAAUGAUAUGAUAGGGAGCCGAAAGAAGCGUCUUGCCAUGUUGGAUCUCAUGAUAGCAGCGUCCAAUAAUAACCAAAUGAGCGAUUCGGACAUCAGAGAAGAAGUUGACACAUUCGUGUUUGAAGGUCAUGAUACCGUAUCAGCGGCUCUGAGCUUCGCUAUAUUACUGUUAGCCGAACAUAAGGAUGUGCAGGAUCGUGUUAGAAAUGAAAUCAAUGCUGUAAUGGAAGAAAACGGAGGAAAAUUUACUAUGACAGCGUUACAGAAUCUGAAAUAUCUCGAGAGAUGUGUAAAGGAAACAUUGAGAUUGUAUCCUAGUGUUUUUUCCAUAACACGAACGUUAGAGGAAGAUGUAAUGUUACAAACAUAUCUGGUACCUGCUGGAACAGAGGUGUAUGUUGACAUUAUACAUCUUCACAAAAAUCCUGAUUUCUGGCCAAAUCCAGAGGUGUUCGAUCCAGAUAGAUUUUUGCCAGAGCAUGUGCAAAAUCGUCAUCCUUUCGCUUAUAUACCGUUUAGCGCUGGUUCGCGGAACUGCAUAGGUCAACGAUUCGCCAUGAUGGAGCUGAAAACUGUAAUUGGUACCUUGGUGCACAACUUUUACUUGGAGCCCCUCGAUCACUUAAAAGACGUUCGAUUUUUAAUGAAUAUAAUUAUUCACCCUAAACAACCGAUGCGCGUAAAAUUCGUCCCAAUCGAAGAUGCUCACCUGGUAUAAGGGAAUGCAACUUUUAUCUGUGUGAAAAUCUGAUACAUGAUGAGAAAAUGACGAAUUAUUUAUGUAUAUUAUUUUUAUAAGCUCAGGCAAUGCUUUUAGAAGGAAUAACCAUUAGUUAUAUAUUUAUUAUAUAAUCUAUGACACAUUAUACAUUUUUUAUAAUAUCAAUUUAUGAUCUAUGA